AUGAAUUUUCCCUCUUCUUCAAAUCCUUUAUCGGAUUGGAUAACCUUGGCCGACGACAAUUCGGAGAGUGUUGAUAUGACUUCAUCUACUGAUGAAAGUUCAAGAAGAGACAUCGAAUUAAUGAAACCUAUAGAGAUUGAAUAUAGAGCCAAAAUACAUUAUUCGAAUUGGUACGCAUCUGGGGAUAUCGGAAACGAAAAUAAUAUAAAUCAAUCAUCAUCUGGAUCCUUUGAACGGGAUAAGUCGGAUCGUAUCAAGUGGGAGAUAGGCCAUCUAUAUCUCAAAAAACAAUAUUUAAAUGUCAUAGAAUUGAUAUUUUCAACCAUUAAUUUGAAAAACACUGAUAGACUAUCCAAUCAAGACGAUGAAUAUUUAUUACAAAAUUAUUUCUCAAAUGAUACUGUCUUUCAGUUUUCGAAAAAGUUUAUAACAGCUAAACUACCUGUCAUAUUGAAAAGAGAGCUGUUAGACACUUUCAUUAGAUGUUUAUUUAAAAUUGUCAACUGCUAUUGUGUUAAUGUAAAACCAGAAAAUACUCAAGAGUUGAAGAGAACUGUUGUCCAGAAGACCAUAACAUAUUAUUCAGUGAUUGAAAAAGAUAUUUUAAACAAUAACCAACAAAUGUCAAAAGCUAAUAGAAUACCACGUUCGCACAAAGCAAACUUUCUGUUAGACAUAUGGGACUUGAAAGCACAAACUCAAUUGAUCAUGGCAAAACACUUUCUUUCAAAAAGCGAAGCAACUCAUGUAGUGAUGAGUUCAGUAUUACUGUUGCAGAAAUGCCUGCAUUGUAAAGAUUCACUCUUAUUCAUGCUUGAAGAGGAUGGAAAAAAGCCAAAACAACAUUCUGAGAAUUUAGAGGGAACUAACCUAGAUUUCAGACUUACUCUUGUGGAUACAUGUUACCAAACAUCUACCAGAAGCUCUUCAAUUUGGAAGCACCUAGAAGAGUGCUAUUCCUAUUUAGAAAUGCCACUCUGUGCUCGUCGAAGUUCCUAUUUUUCUCGUUCACUCACAAGAAUUAAUUCUCUAUUUAACAGUAUUGCAACAAAGCACUCAUAUUCAAAGGAAAAGAUACACACCUUUUCAGAAGAGGAGUUAUCAGGAUGCACUAUUGACGAGUGUUAUUUGCCAAACAUUACCAAUGCCUUUGAGAUACCGUUUCCAACAGUAGAAGAUGCCAUUGCUUUUGAUAAGAAAUUUGUUGAAAUUUAUUUAUUCAACACAAAGACAAUACAUUCAAUUUUGAGCGAGCAACGAGGAUUAAAAUCAACAGAAGAUAUUGAUGACUCAUUGAUUAAGAGAGGAAAUGAUGAAGAUGAUGAGGAUGCACCUAGAACAUUUGAUGCAUCUCAGUUAUAA